CUUCCAGGAAGCGGCUCACCUGUACCUCAGUGUUUAGUGUCCAGGUGUGGUCGAUGAAGAAAAGUGUGUGUAAGCUGAUUUGGCAGCAUGGAUCAGUGUGAGGACGGAGAGGAGGGAGUCCCUCCCUCUAAAACCACUCUGUGUGGGGAACAUGAGAGCCCGACCAAAGCUCAGCGUAUUGAUCAGAGACCUGAAUCCAGCUGUGUGUCCUUAAAGAGUGACCAUUCAAAGCGCUUUGAUAUUACAUUUAAAGGAAACGAUUCAGCUGUGGAGAGAGUGGAUCAGGGGACAUCAGAGAUUCCCAGUGGUCCGUCUGCCCAGCAGCAUCAAACACACCUGGACUCCAUAUUUGUGCUGCUGGAGGACAGCAUUGUCACUUUUGUGAAGAACAAACUGAAGAAGAUCCAGAAGGUUCUGAGUCCAGGUUACCCAGAAUACUUAGAGAGUCAGAGGGAAGAUGAGGAGGUAUUAGAAGGUGAGGAUGAAGAGCAGAGGAGGAGCAGCGAAGAGGCAUUUGUUAAGAUCGCACUGUUCUUUCUUCGGAGAAUGAAGCAGGAGGAGCUGGCUGAUCAUCUGCAGAGAACUUUCAUUAGGAACAUCCAGUGGAGUCAGUGUGAGCUUAAAUCUGCUCUGAAGAAGAAGUUCCAGUGUGUGUUUGAGGGCAUCGCUAAAGCAGGAAACCCAACCCUUCUGAAUCAGAUCUACACAGAGCUCUACAUCACAGAGGGAGGGACUGCAGAGGUCAAUGAUGAACAUGAGGUCAAACAGAUUGAAACAGCUUCCAGGAAACCAGACAGACCAGAAAAAACAAUCAGACAAGAAGACAUCUUUAAAGGCUCACCAGGAAGAGAUGAACCAAUCAGAACUGUGCUGACGAAGGGAGUGGCUGGCAUUGGGAAAACAGUCUUAACACAGAAAUACACCCUCGACUGGGCUGAAGACAAAGCCAACCAGGACAUCCAGUUCAUGUUUCCAUUCACUUUCAGAGAGCUGAAUGUGCUGAAAGAGGAAAAGUUCAGCUUGGUGGAACUUGUUCAUCACUUCUUUACUGAAGCCAAAGAAGCAGAAAUCUGCAGCUUUGAAGACUUCCAGGUUGUGUUCAUCUUUGAUGGUCUGGAUGAGUGUCGACUUCCUCUGGACUUCCACAAUGCUGAGAUCCUGACUGAUGUUACAGAGUCCACCUCAGUGGAUGUGCUGCUGACAAAUCUCAUCAGGGGGUAUCUGCUUCCCUCUGCUCGCCUCUGGAUAACCACACGACCUGCAGCAGCCAAUCAGAUCCCUCCUCAGUGUGUUGGGAUGGUGACAGAGGUCAGAGGGUUCACUGACCCACAGAAGGAGGAGUACUUUAGGAAGAGAUUCAGAGAUAAGAAGCAGGCCAGCAGGAUCGUCUCCCACAUCAAGAGAAUUCGAAGCCUCCACAUCAUGUGCCACAUCCCAGUCUUCUGCUGGAUCACUGCUACAGUUCUGGAGGAUGAGCUGAAAACCAGAGAGGGAGGAGAGCUGCCUAAGACCCUGACUGAGAUGUACAUCCACUUCCUGGUGGUUCAGGCCAAAGUGAAGAAGGUCAAGUAUGAUGGAGGAGCUGAGACAGAUCCACACUGGAGUCCAGAGAGCAGGAAGAUGAUUGAGUCUCUGGGAAAACUGGCUUUUGAUCAGCUGCAGAAAGGAAACCUGAUCUUCUAUGAAUCAGAUCUGACAGAGUGUGGCAUCGAUAUCAGAGCAGCCUCAGUGUACUCAGGAGUGUUCACACAGAUCUUUAAAGAGGAGAGAGGGCUGUACCAGGACAAGGUGUUCUGCUUCAUCCAUCUGAGUGUUCAGGAGUUUCUGGCUGCUCUUCAUGUCCAUCUGACCUUCAUCAACUCUGGAGUCAGUCUGCUGCAAGAACAACAAACGACCUCCCAGAAGUCUGAAACAAGAGAAUCUGCAGAGAAAGUCUUCUACCAGAGUGCUGUGGACAAGGCCUUACAAAGUCCAAAUGGACACCUGGACUUGUUCCUCCGCUUCCUCCUGGGUCUUUCACUACAAACCAAUCAGAGUCUUCUACGAGGCCUGCUGACACAGACAGGAAGUAGCUCACAAUCCAAUCAGGAAACAGUCCAGUACAUCAAGGAGAAGAUCAGUGAGAAUCUGUCUGCAGAGAAAAGCAUCAACCUGUUCCACUGUCUGAAUGAAAUGAAUGAUCGUUCUCUAGUGGAGGAGAUCCAACAGUCCCUGAGGUCAGGAAGUCUCUCCACAGAUAAACUGUCUCCCGCUCAGUGGUCAGCUCUGGUCUUCAUUUUACUGUCAUCAGAAGAUCUGGAUGUGUUUGACCUGAAGAAAUACUCUGCUUCAGAGGAGGCUCUGCUGAGGCUGCUGCCAGUGGUCAAAGCCUCCAACAAAGCUCUACUGAGUGGCUGUAACCUCUCAGGGAGAAGCUGUGAGGCUCUGGCCUCAGCUCUUAGUUCUCAGUCCUCUAGUCUGACAGAGCUGGACCUGAGUAACAACGACCUGCAGGAUUCAGGAGUGAAGCUUUUGUCUGUUGGAUUGGAGAGUCCACAUUGUACACUGGAAACUCUGAGUCUGUCAGGCUGUCUGAUCACAGCAGAGGGAUGUAGUUCUCUGGCUUCAGCUCUGAGAUCCAACCCCUCCCAUCUGAAAGAGCUGGACCUGAGCUACAAUCAUCCAGGAGUCUCGGGAACGAAGCUGCUGUCAGCUGGGCUGAAGGAUCCACGCUGGAGACUGGACACUCUCAGGGUGGAGCCUGCUGGGGUCCGAUGGUUGAGACCAGACGGUCUGAGGAAGUAUUCCUGUCAACUCACAAUCGACACAAACACAGUGAACAGAAACCUCAAACUGUCUGACAGCAAGAGGAAGGUGACACAGGUGAAGGAGGUUCAGUCUUAUCCUGAUCAUCCAGACAGAUUCGAUUACUGGUUUCAGCUGCUAUGUACAAAUGGUCUGACUGGUCGCUGUUACUGGGAGGUCGAGUGGAGAGGAGGGAUCGAUAUAUCAGUGAGUUACAGAGGAAUCGAAAGGAAAGGAGACAGUAAAGACUGUGUCUUUGGAAGGAAUGAUCAGUCAUGGAGACUGGAAUGCUAUAGUGAUGGUCGUCCUCGUUCUGUCUGGCACAAUAACAGAAGCAUGUCUUCAUCCUCCUCCUCUUCCUCUUCCUCUGGCUCUAACAGAGUAGCAGUGUAUGUGGACUGUGCUGCUGGCACUCUGUCCUUCUACAGAGUCUCCUCUGACACUCUGAUCCACCUCCACACCUUCAACACCACAUUCACUGAACCUCUUUAUCCUGGGUUUGGUUUCAAUCCUGGUGCAUCAGUGUCUCUGUGUGCAGUUUAGCAUAAAGAAAACACGUUUUCAGAUUCAUGGAUUCAGUCAGUUUGUUUUAACCUGUUCUAAAUUAUUUCUCAUAAAUUUCUUCCUCUUCGGUCCUUUAAAGAUGGAAGCUACGAUUAUUCCAGGAUCCAUGUGUUGUUUUUCUGUCUUUUUUCCAGUCAAAGCUUCGCAGUGAAUAUCAGGAUGUUGUGUUUCUCUGAAGCUCAGUUCAGCUGACAGGAUUCAGUUCAGGUCAGCUGCAUAACAGAGACGAACUGCUGAGCUGCAGUUAUUUACAAACUGAUGGAGACAUUCAUCCAAUAAACACAAGCUAGCCUGCAGUCAGGCUCCAGGCUCAUUUCAUCCAUAUUUACUGACUGUCAGAAUGAUGAAAUUACAUGUAGACCAUAACGUGUCUGCGGUUUGUCUGUGACAUUUCCAGAAUUAAUGAAACCUUUAGAAAUAAGAUAUAACCUGCGUUUAAUAAGCUGUCUAGAUUUUACAUUGUUUGAUUCAUUUAGUCAUCCAGAACUGAAUUGAAUUUAUUGAUUGUAUUUAUUGAUCAUAUUUUGUAAUACAAAUCCCAAUAAAAAUAAAAUCACCUUUUCAUGGCAGUUAACACUUAAACACAAGAUCAAACUGGGAGCUGGUUCCACAGAAGAGGGGCCUGAAAGCUGAAGGC